UUUCCUGGGUGGAUUCCUCUCUUAAUGUACCUCUCCCUGGAGUCUAAAGAUAGGCUUUUAUCUUGAAGGGGCAGCAGCGGUAAUCUGUUGCCUUAAAUAUUUGUGGCGCAAGGGAACCUUGGCAAUAGAUGGCUUUUUUCUUCUCACCAUGCGGUAGGAUACUCCAUCGGCUUUCGGAAAUCUUCCUGAAUUUGGACCGAAUCUUGUGAAUACUCGACGGGGGACGACCCUGAUCACUACUUUAGUGGACCAAAACGUCAUUCAUGCAAUCUUCGUGUACGGUUGGAGUCGUCUCGGCGUAGCUUAGCUUGCUAACGAAGAGACGCGUUUGUAAUCAACACGUCUUCUCUCAUCAAAAAUCAAGCCUGAAGUAAAGUCUUCUUCUUGUCGCCACCGGCUGCUAAGGAUUGACAAGAGUGACAUGCAGAAAGUGUUGUGAAAAUGUGUGCAAGGACUGGAGAGUACGAGGAAAAAGUUUGUGGACCAAAAAAAGAGGAGGAGCCACAAGGUGAACUACUGGAUGCUGUGUUCAAUCUGCAGCCUCGAAUUGUUCUACGCAGAGCAGAGAUCAGUGAAAAUCUUCUUCCAGGGCGGCAGCAAUUAGUGUCCCGUCACAUCAAAGAGGAAGAGGAGGGUGAAGAGGUUCAAUGCAUCAAAGAGGAGGAGGAAGAGUUUUUACACUUGAAAGAGGAAGAGCAGGAGGAAAUCAUCCAGGUUCCCUCCACUGGUGUCCAUUUGAAGAGUGAAGAUGAAGGUCAAAGUGAGGAGAGACAAGGGGUAGAGCCUCCAAGCAGGAACAGCUCAAGUAAUAGAGAGUGCAACAGUGGAGGAUUACAAACAGACCGUCAUGAUGAUGAUAAUGAUGCACAGUCGGAAAGUGAUUUGACAUGUCUCAGUGCCAACAAAAGGUGGAAAUGUUCUCAGUGUAGGAAAGCUUUUUCUUCUAUGAGCAAUUUGAAACGACAUAUGAAAAUACACACAGGUGAGAAGCCUUUUGCAUGUUUAGUUUGUGGUCAAAGAUUCUCACGGAAGGGAACAUUAAAAAGACACACAAGAACACACACCGGUGAAAAACCUUUUUCCUGCUCAGUUUGUGGUCAAGGAUUCACACAGAAGGGAGAUUUAAAAAUACACACAAGAACCCACACUGGAGAGAAACCUUUUUCCUGCUCAGUUUGUGGCCGAAGAUUUGUUCAGAAGGGAAACUUAAAAAGUCACAAAACAAUACACACUGGUGAGAAACCUUUUUCCUGCUCUGUUUGUGGUCGAAGAUUCUCUCAGAAGAAAACCUUAAAAAUACACACAAAAAAACACACGGGUGAGAAGCCGUUUUCAUGUUCAGUUUGUGGCCAAAGAUUUAUUCAGAAAGGACACCUAAAUAGUCACGAAAGAACGCACACUGGUGAGAAACCUUUUUCUUGCUUAGUUUGUGGCCAAAGAUUUAUUCAGAAGGGACACUUAAAUAGUCACAAAAGAAGGCACACUGGUGAGAAACCUUUUUCCUGCCAAGUUUGUGGUCAAAGAUUCUCUUAUAAAUAUCAGGCUCAGACACACAAGUGUGCUGGUGUGAAUAGAAGUGACCAAAAAGGUUGUAAUGCAUAUGUGAAGAUCUAAAAAAGUACCAUUUAUUGGAAAAAAAAAAAAAAAAAAAUUUUAGGUCAACAUUAGGGGUGAGCAUUAUACUAGACACAUUUUACUCGAGACAUUACUGUAGUUACUAUGUUACUGCUUUGGAAUCUCAACAAUCUGUGUAUGAGCUUGCAUUGUUUUUUUUUUUGUUUUUUAAAAUUUCCUGAAAAGUUUUAAUUUUGAAGUUGAGAUUACACUUAACAGCUACAAAAUAUAAAUUUUGACUAAUUACGAACACUUUCUAGGAUAGUGCCUACAUUUUCCCAUACCAGCAAUGACAGUAGUUUUUCAUUCUCAGUUUUUGUGAUGAAAAUGUUGCAUUUGAAAUUGAGUUAAUUCUUUCCAAAUUGCUCUAUGUACUGAUGUUUUGAACCUGUUUGUGAAAUUUGGAUCCUGGAGACCAUUACUUA